AUGGCGAGGCUCAGCCGGCGCGUCCCUUGUACCCUGCUGCUCGGCCUGGCCGCGCUGCUGCUGAAGGCGCGGCUGGUCCCCGCGGCCGCUCGAGCCGAGCUCAGCCGCUCCGACCUCAGCCUCAUCCAGCAACAGCAGCAGCAGCAGCAGCAGCAACGGCAGCAGGAGGAGGCUGAGGGGGAGAGGCCAGAGGUGCCGGGGGCAUCCUCCACCGUCACUGUUCCAGUGUCUGUAUUUAUGCUGAAAGUGCAGGUGAAUGACAUCAUCAGUCGUCAGUACCUGAGUCAAGCAGUUGUAGAAGUGUUUGUAAACUACACGAAAACAAAUUCCACAGUAACUAAAAACAAUGGAGCAGUGUUGAUAAAAGUACUCUAUAAAUUAGGAUUCAGCUUAACCAUUAUUGCUUACAAAGAUGGCUACGUGUUGACACCUCUGCCUUGGAAGACCAGAAAAAUGCCAAUAUACUCAUCAGUUACACUUUCACUGUUCCCGCAAAGCCAAGCAAAUAUAUGGCUCUUUGAAGACACUGUUUUAAUUACUGGGAAAUUAGCUGAUGCCAAAUCUCAACCAAGUGUUCAGUUUUCAAAAGCCUUAAUUAAACUACCCGACAACCAUCACAUUAGCAAUGUAACAGGCUAUCUUACAGUUCUACAACAGUUUUUGAAAGUGGACAAUUUCCUGUAUACAACUGGAAUUACUCUCAAUAAAUCAGGUUUUGAAAGUCUUGAAUUGACUCCUCUUGCUGCAAUAUGUGUGAAAAUAUAUUCUGGAGGAAAAGAAUUAAAGGUGGAUGGCUCUAUUCAAGUUUCUCUCCCCCUUUUACAUACAAAUGAUAUAAGUGCAGGGGAUCACAUACCUGCCUGGACAUUUGAUAUGAACAUAGGUGCUUGGGUAAAUCAUGGCCGGGGAACAGUCAAGGCAUAUAAUAAUCACUUAAUUUGGACAUAUGAUGCACCACAUUUGGGCUACUGGAUAGCAGCUCCAUUUCCAGGAACUAGAGGUUCAGGUAGAAAUGGAGACUCCAGGGACAUAACUGCCUACCACACGGUGUUCCUCACUGCCAUAUUAGGAGGCACAGUAGUCAUUGUCAUUGGAUUUUUUGCUGUGCUUCUUUGUUAUUGCAGGGAUAAGUGUGGUACUCCACAGAAAAGAGAAAGAAAUAUCACUAAACUCGAAGUCCUCAAGAGAGACCAGACAACUUCAACCACACACAUAAAUCAUAUCAGUUCAGUCAAAGUUGCAUUAAAAGCUGAGGACAAGUCACAGUUAUUUAAUGCCAAAAACUCCUCAUAUAGCCCUCAGAAAAAGGAGCCAUCAAAGGCAGAAGCAGAAGAAAGAGUUUCCAUGGUAAAAACUCGGGACAAUUUUAAAAUCUACAAUGAAGAUGUUCCAUUUCUAUCAGCCAAUCAAAACAAUUACUCAAGAAACCCAACACAGUCUUUGGAGCCCACUGCAGGGUCUAAACAACCUAAACAUAUUAACAACAAUCUAUCUUCAUCUCUAGGUGAUGCACAAGAGGAAAAGAGAUACCUCACAGGUAAUGAGGAGGUGUAUGGACAUUCCCACAUUCCUGAACAGCUUAUGCAUCUCUACAGCCAACCCAUUGCCAUUCUUCAAACGUCUGACCUUUUCUCCACUCCAGAACAGGUACAUACUGCUAAGUCAGCUACUCUGCCAAGAAAGGGACAGUUAGUCUAUGGCCAAUUGAUGGAACCAGUAAGCAGAGAGAACUUUACACAGACAUUGCCCAAAAUGCCAGUGCAUUCUCACGCACAGCCCCCAGCUGCCAGGGAAGAGAACAUCCCACUCGAAGGGCAACAGAGCUUGCCAUCGCAAACUUCAGAUUGGAGCCGGUAUUCAAACAGCUUACUAGAAUCGGUUUCUGUGCCUGGAACACUAAAUGAAGCUGUCGUAAUGACUCCCUUCUCAUCAGAGCUUCAAGGAAUUUCAGAACAGACCCUCCUGGAGCUGUCCAAAGGAAAGCCUUCCCCCCACCCCAGAGCAUGGUUUGUGUCUCUUGAUGGAAAACCAGUCGCACAAGUGAGACAUUCCUUUAUAGACCUGAAAAAGGGCAAGAGAGCCCAGAGCAAUGACACGAGUUUGGACUCUGGGGUGGACAUGAAUGAGCACCACUCAAGUAGAAAACUCGAGAGGGAGAAAACUUUCAUCAAAAGCAUGCAUCCGCCUAAGAUCCUUUACUUAGAAGAUUUAGACCUGAGCAGUAGCGAGAGUGGGACUACUGUUUGCUCCCCUGAGGACCCGGCUUUAAGGCACAUCCUAGAUGGAGGGAGUGGGGCUAUCAUGGAACACCCUGGGGAAGAGUCUCCAGGAAGAAAAAGCACUGCUGAAGAUUUUGAAGCCAAUAUAUCCCCCACGAAAAAGAGGGGCAGACCACCACUAGCCAAAAAGGAUAGCAAGACUAAUAUCUGGAAGAAGCGCGAGGAACGCCCACUGCUUCCCAUAAAUUAACGCCGAGGGUGGUUGUGUCUCCGCUGUCUCGUGUUGUUUAU